AAAUACCUGAUGUCGUUGUCAAAUGGCUCACGUAUGCCUUGGUACUACACAUCGUGGCAUUCGCUCUAUCCGCUCUAUCAGCUCUACUUGGUCUUCUUGCCCACAUUCGGGAAAUGGCCAUGACAUGUUUCAGCAGUUGCUUUGCAGGUUUCGCAGCUGCUGUGGCACUCGUCGCUUUCAUAUUUGAUAUCGCUUUGUUCUUCAUCGCCAAAUCCCGCCUGAACAGUGUGUCAGGAGGCUCUGCGCAGAUUGGCAACGCUGUAUGGAUCACGUUGGCUGCUUGGAUCCUCCUAUUCUUUAGUGGUUGUUUCUAUGCCAUUGGUCGCUGCUGUGUCAACAGACGUCCGAGAGGUAACAAGUGGGAUGGUCGAGAUCAAGCUGGAGCAAGCGAUACCAAUACACAUGCAGAUCAGAUGCGGUUGGGCGCUGUCAAGGCAGAGGCUGAUCGAAAAGCAAGGCAGGGUCAGGGAGAGGUUGGACUUCCAGCUUUCCAAGAAUACGAGCCCUUGAAGGCCAGCGUUUCGGGUGAUGAAGCCUACGCGGACGAAGAAGAGAGGGUUCCCUAUCAUGACAACCAUAAUGGCGAGAUGCCCGGGUCGUACGGUAGGCAGCCAUCUACGACUGGCUAUGCCCCUGGUGGUUAUGGCCAAGCCCCUGCUGGCUCAAGUGCAAUGGAUGAGUAUAAUAACCCUACAUAUCCUCCCCAACCCCAACAUCAUGGCAGCUCCCAUACUCAGACAACAUCUGGAUAUGCACCGUCUUAUUACGCUUAUGCUGCUGGAAAUACUACAAUGGCGGCAGCUGUUGUGGCUGCAGAGCGUCAACAGUACCCAAUGCUAAACACUUACCAUAACCCGGAACCCUACUCCGCACAAACUUCUCCAACUGGAACUACUAUCUAUAAUGACCCAUUAAGCCAGCAGUACGGAAUUGGCCAGGAGUAUGACCCUUAUAAUCACCAUCCGCAAACACUCCGCCAGGAACUCUCCUUCAACCCUGAUACCUGUAACUCAUCUGGGGCAAUGUAUGGAGCUUCAAACCAAUCUUCUCAUGCAUCAUCUUCCAAUGCAUACGCACCCAGCCCGUCACCUGUCCAUCAAGGUCAUACUAGCUACACUCUCGGAGGUGGUGGGUACGGUCGCAGCGCAAUCCCUGCUAUUUCUAGCCCUCCCGAAGCACAGCAGUCGUCAUACUUCCCCUGUUCUCAUGGACUUUCCCCAAUGCUCACGAAAUUCGCUUCUGGGGAGCAAAGCACGAGCCCAGUUAAAGGCCCUAGGUCCCCUCAUAUCGUUAUCGGGUCGCCAGUGCACCAACGUUCCGGUGAGAGUCUUCCCGGAUAUGAAGUUAGCCCUUCACAGCCACCAAAGCAACGGUGAUUAAAGAGAUUAAUCUACUGGGCAAAACAUAUUUAUUGUGCAAUAUUCUUUUUUAUCAUUGCACUUUCCUCUUGACUAUCUCGUUCACGAAUGUGUUUCAUACACUUACAAUAUUGAUUUACUCGAAUCAUAAAAUCAUCAUCUAGGCUCGUCCCCAGCUGUUCCUGGGUAAAGUUUUGUUUAACAUAGCCGAAAUUGUCUCUUGACAAUACCUAGUAACGAAUGGGACCACUCGUCGC